UUCUUAAAUUUGGUGCUGCGGGUAUCUGCUCUGCCAAGGCGCUCGUUUUCUUCGCAACUUUCGGACCGAGCAUCAUCAUCAUCGCAUUCUAGUUCCGUCAGUCGUUAUCGCCUAGAAAUCUACCACCACUACAACCACCUCUUUCACCACCACAACCCAACCGCGGCAAUGCUGCGUCUCCCAUCUUCAUCCGUUAGGGCAAUCGCCCGGGCGGCGGCACCGCGAGUCCACCUCGCCCAACAGCAAAGACGAGCCCUGGCAAAUACCAAGAUCCCGUAUCCGCCGCAGUCGGUGAAAGCUACCAUCAAAGACUCGAAGCCGCCGGUGCUCCCCGGGGGAGCGAGCAAUGCGGCGCCCCCUGCCCCCGCGCCGGCAAAGGCUGCGUCCGCUGCUUCUCCGCCGUUGAAGACUCCCACGCCGCUAUCUCCCGCGUCGUCCGUGGGCACCUCCCCCACACAGGUCCCGCUCACCCCCCCGUCGCCGCCUAAAAUACAGACUUCUCCUCCGCAGAGCAGUGCUUCUGCUUCCCCGAAGGUCGCCCCGAGGGUCCCCACACCACCACCAACUCCACCACCACCACCCCCGCCGGCGUCAACUCCUCCUCCCGCCGCUGUUCAUCCCGUCGCUGCCCAGCCCAUCGCUGCCGAGCCCGUCGUUGCUAAGCCCGGCAAGAAAACCCACAAGUUCAGAAAUUUCCUGGUGGGGCUGACGCUGCUCACGGGAGGAUCGUUUGCGGCCGGCGUGUUCUACUCGCUGAAGUCCGACAACGUGCAUGAUUUCUUCACGGAGUAUGUUCCUCUCGGCGAGGAGGCGGUGCUGUACUUUGAGGAGCGCGAGUUCCGCCGGAGGUUCCCCAACGCGCUCUCCAGGAUCCAGCGCAAGGUCGACUCGCCCAAGGUCACGAUACCGAAGUCUUCCGGUGCUUCGUGGAAGGUCGUCGAUAGGGAUAGUGAGGGCCCCAGGACUGUGGAUGUCGGAAAACCCGGUCCUCAUCUGUCCAGUCAUAGGCCUAUCGUCGAGGAGACUAAGUCGAUUCCGGCUGACGGUGCGAGAGCCGAGGCUAAGACUGUCGAUGUGAAGUCUGCUCCGCAGAAGGGAAGUGAUGUUAAAAAGGUGGAGGCGGUCACGGGUUCCACUGCUGCACCCAAGAAGGCGGCUGUUGCCCUCGCUUCUGUGGAAUUGUCGAACGCCAGUGACCCUGUGGUCCAGGAUUUGGUUAAGGUUGUCAACAAUCUCAUCGAGACUGUCAACAAGACUGAGUCUGGUGAGACUUUUGGCGCUGUGAUUGAUGCCGCCAAGGCGGAACUCAAGAAGGUCAACGACCAGGUUGGUGCGUUGAAGGUGGGCAUGGAGAAGGCGGUCGAGGACAGCAACAACCAGAAGGACCUGGAGUUUGCGAAGGCUGCCCAGGGCCUGUUGAAAAACGUCAACAACCAAGUCGAGGACCUUGAGCACCAGCUCCGGGACGAUUUCGAGGCCGAGCGCGAGAGAAUCGCCAUGUCCUACCAGAGAAAGCUGCAGACCGAGCUCGAGCGCUCCCGCGAGCUCUCCGAGCAGCGUCUCCGCAACGAACUCCUGGAGCAGGCCAUCGAGAUGAAGCGAUCUUGGAUCAGCGAGAUCGAGUCGCGUGUCGAGAAGGAGCGCGGCGGAAGACUCGGAAAGCUGAAGGAGCUCGAGGCUGCCGUUGCCGCGUUGGAGCAGCUCACCUCCCGCUGGAAUGAUGUCAUCGACACCAACCUGAAGACGCAGCGAACCUUCACCGCCCUCGAGGCUGUCAAGGCUUCCUACGAGUCUCCCGACCAGCCUAAGCCGUUCCUCCGUGAAAUGGCGGCACUGAAGGAGGUCGCCGAGGGCAACGAUGUCGUGACCGCCGCUAUCGACUCCAUCAAUCCCGCCGCUUACCAGAACGGCGUGGUGACACACACCCAGCUAGUCGACAAAUUCCGCAAGCUUUCCGGCGAGGUGCGACGGGCCGCGCUCCUCCCCGAGGACGCCGGUAUCGCGGCUCACGCUGGCAACUGGGUGUUGAGCAAACUUAUGUUCAAGAAGUCUGGCCUCGCGCAGGGCAACGAUGUCGAGAGCAUCCUGGCAAAGACCGAGACGUACCUCGAGGAGGGUGAUGUGGACAGCGCCGCCCGCGAGAUGAACCAGCUCUCGGGCUGGGCUAGAACUCUGGCCAGCGAUUGGCUGAGGGAGGCGAGGCUGUUGCUGGAGGUUAAGCAGGCUGUUGAUAUCAUCGCCGCCGAGGCUCGCAUACAAAGCAUGCGGGUACAGUCGGAACAGUAAAUGUUCAAGCUUCGGGGCUUCGGGUCGGUUUCUUUUUUUUUUGUCCGCGCGAUAGAUUUUUACUUAUGAAGGGGGGAUCGGGGAGAGGAAGUAGCAAGCAAUAAAAGCAACACUGUUUCCUUUUGUCUUUUGCAAAUAUCUUGUCUUGUCUUUUAGUUUGAGGGCUGGCGUUUUGCUAGCUUGUACGUAUGAAGUGGGUGGAGGAGGGAUUGGAGGGACGGAGCGAAGGAGACGGCGGAUGGACGAGUGUAGAAUACCUGAGGUCGUCUACAAAUUUGAGAGCGAGUGAUGGCCCGUGAGUGACCGCUGCGGGGCCCUGAUUCAUACAGGACAGGCCAUACAUAGAAUUCACG